GCUGGAGGAACUUGAGGAUCAUAGAGCUGGACCAUCCGCGGCUCGCCCUGUUGGGGCCACAAAUAUCCCGACUAGAAGCUGUCCGAUCCCAUACACUUUGGAAGAUGACCAGUGGCUAUGGGAUCAGAUGGCACCGUAUGAGAAAGACCCCAAGGCCUUCGUAGGAGGCAAUAAAAUAUAUCAGGAACUAGCUACACAGAACCCCCGCCACACCUAUCAGUCAUAUCGUGACCGAUACCUAAGGAGACUUCGUGGGCGCCCCCGUCCGGGGGGUAUGCCGAAACCAAAUCCUCCCACGUCCGCUGAGAAGGACGGCCAUCAGAAAGUCACACAGAGAGAGCAAUCCCAGGACGAUACUCUGGUUAUCCAUGAGCUAGGCGAUAAUAAACGAAAACGUCCACCGGAACACAACUCUGAUCUCGAGUUGGAUGGAGUGCACCUUGCGAGUCAAAAGAGGAGAGCGAUUGACAAGACACCCAAAGAUUUAAUUCAUAUGAUACAUGCACAUCAAAAUAUAUCUCCACAUAUUGAAAGGACUCCAGCACCCGCAACUUCAGUUGAUAAUGAUGCACAUAUCACUCACAGCCCUGCCACGAACAUAUCAGAGAUUGUACAACCUCAAGCAACAGAGUCGCCAGAUCACGAUCCAGAAACCACCAUUGAUCCUUUGUUUCUAGAACUGCCUUUCCUACCUUCAAGCCCCGAACCCGAACCCGAAGAGCCGCCAGAGCAAGACAUCGACACUUGGAUUGAUCAUCGUCUCCAAACAGGAAGAGCAGAAAAUGAGGAGCAAAUAAUCGAAGCUUUACGCUGCACUAGCAUGGACCCGUUUCUUGCCGAUAAGGUCCUAGACUAUCUGACUGCUGGAAAAGGCAUUCCCAACAAUAUGCCUGGAGUGUGGACGGCCGAAGACGACAGGUGUUUUGAGGCGAAAGAGACCCGAACCAUUGAACAAGUCUUGAAGAAGCAUGGCUCGGAUGCCUUUAACAGUCGGUGGGAAUAUCUUGGAAUGGCAAGAGCUGCUGGCCUCAAUGAGACAGACAGCUAAUAUUCUGACAGAAUACAUACAUCGAACAGGCUCAAAAAGUACAAUAAUCGUCGACGGUGGAAUAAAGAGUUGCUAGUUCGGA